AACUUGGGAGAAAAUACAAAACGCAGCGUUUAAGGAGGGCAACUGGGCGAGACAAUAUUUGCCCAACAAAAGAGUGGGAGAAUUGAGAACAAGGGUGGAGCGAGGUGUAUAGCGGAGAGAAAUGGCGAGAGUUGAGGCACUGAACGCCUACAGAGCUCUGCUAAGAGCCACCAGAAAAACCUUCGCCGGCGAUACCUUCAUGCUAAAGGAGUCCUCUGUCGAAGUUCGCCGGAAAUUUGAAGACAAUCGGCACGUGACCUCAGAGGCUGAUAUUCAGAGACUACUGGGAGAGGCGCAAGAGGCAUCUCAUUUCAUUACCAACAUGAUAGUCCAAGCCAAGCUUAACUCUAGUGGUGGUUAUGCUGUAAAACCGGAUAAAGAACAUGCAGGAGCAACAUUGGAGGUUCCUUCGGAAGAACUCCUUAGGAAAUCUUGAGGAAAAUGGCAACCAAUGCUGGGUGGAGGUAUGUAUGAACUUUUAGGAGUGUCUGAAGGACUCAGAUUUUAUGUAAUACCAUUUUUUUUCUAGCAAGAAAUAGCUCACCGGUGUCAUUAUAUGAUUCUUGUUUGAAUUUCUUAUCAUCCCUUUUAAGGAAUAUUGAAUAUGGGAGAGAGACCUUAUAUGUUUGAAUUACAUUUUGUGUAGCACAGCACUUAAAGAAUUAGAUAAAAUACUCUAUCACUGUAUGAAGGGAAUGUUUGAUAGUUGUUGCUUGUUCAACUAUACAUACAUUUUGUUUUGGUGCAAUAUCAAAUAAACACACUGCAGAAAAUGCUCGAGUGAAAAAAAAGGCUCCACAGGCUGGUUUCUAUGUCCA